GGGGGUAGACAGUGAAUAAAAGAAAGUAUGAGGCCCUGAGACCUCGGCUGCAGGGUAUGGGAGAGUAGGGGAACUUAAGCUCUGAGAAACCUGCCAGCUCGCCCUGAUGACAUUACAAACUGAGAUCUGGCAUUUCCUUGUGCUCAUAAUGAGAAUAGUUCUCCAAUUAGCCAAGAUGAACUUCAUGGACAUCACCAAGAUCUUCUCCCUCCUGCAGCCCGACAAGGAGGAGGAGGACACUGACACAGAGGAGAAGCAGGCUCUCAAUCAAGCAGUGUAUGACAACGACUCCUAUACUUUGGACCAGCUUUUGCGCCAGGAGCGUUACAAACGUUUCAUCAACAGCAGGAGUGGCUGGGGCGUUCCUGGGACACCAUUGCGCUUGGCUGCUUCUUAUGGCCACUUGAGCUGUUUGCAAGUCCUCUUAGCCCAUGGUGCUGAUGUUGACAGCUUGGAUGUCAAGGCACAGACACCACUUUUCACUGCUGUCAGUCAUGGCCAUCUGGACUGUGUACGUGUGCUUUUGGAAGCUGGUGCCUGUCCUGGUGGUAGCAUCUACAACAACUGUUCUCCCGUGCUCACAGCUGCCCGUGAUGGUGCUGUUGCUAUCCUGCAGGAGCUCCUAGGCCAUGGUGCAGAGGCCAACGUCAAAGCUAAACUACCAGUCUGGGCAUCAAACAUAGCUUCAUGUUCUGGCCCCCUCUAUUUGGCCGCAGUCUACGGGCACCUGGACUGUUUCCGCCUGCUUUUGCUCCAUGGGGCAGACCCUGACUACAACUGCACUGACCAGGGCCUAUUGGCUCGUGUCCCAAGACCCCGCACCCUCCUUGAAAUCUGCCUCCAUCAUAAUUGUGAGCCAGAGUACAUCCAGCUGUUAAUCGAUUUUGGUGCUAAUAUCUACCUUCCAUCUCUCUCCCUUGACCUGACCUCACAAGAUGAUAAAGGCAUUGCAUUGCUGCUACAGGCCCGAGCCACUCCACGGUCACUUCUAUCACAGGCCCGUUUAGUCAUCCGCAGAGCCUUGUGCCAGGCUGGCCAGCCACAAGCCAUCAACCAGCUGGAUAUUCCUCCCAUGUUGAUUAGCUAUCUAAAACACCAACUGUAAUCUUGCAGUCUCCCCAGGAACUUAUGAUGCCUCCAAAAACCACCUGGGGACUCAGGUAGCUGGAGGGCAUUACAGCCUCAUCCACUUACCUGGAGCUGCUCUCCUGUAUUAUCCUCCACAAUAAAAUUCUCCAG